AUGUACUGGAAACAGGCUUUCAUCUAUAUCCUCUCCUACUCGAUCAUCUGGUCGCGUUCAACUGUCAAUGCAUUUACCGUGGGUGACACGGUAAAUACGACCAGCGGCACUCUGAAAGGAAAAGCUUCAUCGUUGCGAGCUGAUGUCUCCGAGUACUUGGGCAUUCCGUACGCAAAGCCACCCAAGGGUGAGUUGCGCUUUGCGGCCCCCGUUGCAGUGGAAAGGGCAAGUGGUUUGUUUGAUGCAACGUCUUAUGUGAGUCUUUGUACCUGA